AUGGCUGAAGACCCUUAUCAAAAGAAGGCAGAUGUUUCCUCAUUGGACCAGGAUCUAAGGGAACUACGGAGAUCAAAGUAUAACAAGGAUUUGGCUGAUCAGGCAAAACAAUGGAUAUUUGAUAGAAUAGGUGAAUCCGUCCCACAACAGGAGGAUUUGAUAGAUGUUUUAAAAGAUGGUGUUGUAUUGGGGAAACUAGCUAAUGCCAUUGCUGGUGAGAAAGUUGUUAAAUACAAAGAGAGUAAAAUGCCCUUUGUUCAAAUGGAAAAUAUAUCACAAUUCCUAACUUUUGUAAAGAAAUAUGGGGUUCCAGAAGAUGAAGUGUUUCAAACCAUAGAUUUAUACGAAGAAAAUGAUCCAACAAUUGUCUUGCAAACUAUAGUUUCAUUUUCUAGAUAUGUUCAUACGAAAACACCUUCAAUACCAGUGAUAGGACCAAAAUUGAGUACCAAACAACCACCACCUAAAGUACCAAAGAAACCUCAAUUCUUGAAUGAUCCUAAAUGGAGUUCUUUUGAAUAUGGUUAUAUGAAAGGUGCAAGUCAAAGUAGUGAAGGUGUUGUCUUUGGUAAUAAAAGAAACAUCACAAAGGAUUAG